UCGUGUAAUUACUCAUACUAAUACUAAUAAUUAGACAUUUCUUUUAGUGAUAUGGUGUGUUCAGUGAUCGCCGUUUCGUUCCAAUCGUUUCAUUCGAUUGUCUGGUAAACGUGCGUGUGGUGUGAACAAAAUACAGUCUUGUAAAUAAGUCUCCGUUAGUUAUUAAUUAUUAUCAUUAGCAUCAUCAUAAUUACUAUUUUUGUUAUUUAUUAUAAUUUAUAAUCGCAACUCUCAAGUGUGAACAACUUGGACGCUUGUCCAUUAUCAAAAUGCCACCCAUCACUCGACAUCAGUUAAAAAAAACCGGUUUAAAAACUGAACCUUAUUCUAAAGAGAAUCGUCCAUUAGAUAGAAGAGCUGCUUUGUUAGAUCUUAUAACAAAUAAUGGUACUAAAACAACUAACAAAUUAGAAAUUGUCAAAGAUGAUAAUUUUACAAAGACUGAAAAGACAUGUAAGGUCACACAAGAAAAAAAAGAAAUUUCUCAAUCUAUUGUUAUUAAGAAACCAGAAACCCGUUCAAGUAAAAAAGAAGUUGCACGUUUGUCUUUAAAUAGUUCAGAAGAUAGUAAUCUAUUUAAAUCAACACUUGAAGAAACAGUAUCUUCAAGGCAUUCUGCAAAAUCUGAUGAUCUUUAUACAACUGCUGUUGAUAACACUCACAGCUCCUCUCUUGAAAUUAACCACUCAGAUUUAUAUCACUCUGCUGCACAAGAACUGAGUGUUAAUAGUAAUGCAGAAGAAAUAUUUGAAAUAGAUCAGGCUAGUUGGAAUAAUUUCAUUUAUGUGGGUUGUUAUGCGAGAGAUAUUAUAAAAUAUCUCAGACAAAGAGAAGACCGUUUCAUUGUUACUGAUUAUAUUAGUAAUCAACCUGAAUUAACUGCAAAACACCGAGCAAUUGUUGUUAACUGGUUAGUAAGCCUGCAAGAAAUGUAUGGUUUAAAUCAUGAAGUGUUGUACAUGGCUGUCAAACUAAUUGAUCUAUAUUUAAUGGAAAAUGAAACGUUACAAAAUAAAUUUCAACUUUUGGCCUCUGGAGCAUUAUUGUUAGCUACUAAGAUUGAUGAGAGAGGGGAGCCAGGUUUUCCAUAUGACCUAGUCAAACAUAGCAAAUACAUUUAUACAGAAGAAGAAUUAUUUGUUACAGAAAGAGAAUUAUUUAGAGCUUUAAAGUAUGAAAUCAAUGUUCCUCUUUCUUAUGUGUUUUUAAGGCGAUAUGCUCGUUGUAUGAAAUGUCAAAUGAUUUUAUUAACAUUAGCAAGAUAUAUAUUGGAAUGCAGUUUGUUAGAAUACAAAUUUGUGACUUUAAAGGAUUCACUGAAAGCUGCAGCAUCCUUAUACUUGGCAUUUAAAAUGUGUAAUAAAGUAAUUGAAACAAAAGAAUUUAAAUAUACAGAUUAUGAAGUAACGACAAUAAAAGAAACAGUAAUUGAAUUUAACAACAUGUUGCAUACUCAAACUUCAAAUCUGUCUGCUGUUAAACAAAAAUAUUCGCAUGAGACUUUUUUCAAAGUUGCUAAUAAGUCAUUAUUAAGCAAUUCCAAACUUACUUUUGACUAAACCAGGAAUAUUUAGCAUGUUUGGAAAAAAAUGCAUUUUUGUUUAGUUAUCUACAGAUAUAAUAAUCAUUGUUUUUUUUUUACUUUAUUUUUUUAAUAAGGUUUUUUAGACGGGUACACUUAUUCAACAAAUUACACAUAUUAUAUAAAACGUACAAUGUAUAUUAUCCAUUUAAAAUUGUUUUGUAGUUAAUCACUUUAGAAAUAACUUGAACAAUGAAACUAUCGUUAAUUUAUAUUUAUAAU